UUCCAGAGCCCGGAUGAAGAGUAACGCCAUUACCGCCAGAGCUGCCGAGAGCAGUCGCGGAUGCGGACUGAACACUGGACCUGCGGCAGCACCAUGAGACUCCUCCCCCGCCUGCUGGUGCUUCUCUUGCUCGUGUUCCCCGCCACCGUCUUGCUUCGAGGCGGCCCCUCAGGGUCAUUAGCACUGGCUCAAGAUCUUACAGAGGAUGAAGAAACAGUGGAAGAUUCAAUAAUUGAAGAUGAAGAUGAUGAAGCAGAGGUAGAAGAAGAUGAACCCACAGAUUUGGCAGAAGAUAAAGAAGAAGAUGAUGUAUCUGGUGAACCUGAAGCUUCACCCAGUGCAGAUACUAAUCUGUUUGUGAAAGGAGAAGAUUUUCCAGCAAAUAACAUUGUGAAGUUCCUGGUAGGCUUUACGAACAAGGGUACAGAAGAUUUUAUUGUUGAAUCCCUAGAUGCUUCAUUCCGUUAUCCUCAGGACUACCAGUUUUACAUCCAGAAUUUCACAGCUCUUCCUCUGAACACUAUAGUGCCACCCCAGAGACAGGCAACUUUUGAAUAUUCAUUCAUUCCUGCAGAGCCCAUGGGUGGACGACCCUUUGGUCUGGUCAUCAAUUUGAACUACAAAGAUUUCAACGGCAAUGUAUUCCAGGAUGCUGUCUUCAAUCAAACAGUUACGGUUAUUGAAAGAGAGGAUGGGUUAGAUGGAGAAACAAUCUUUAUGUAUAUGUUCCUUGCUGGUCUUGGACUUCUGGUUGUUGUUGGCCUUCAUCAACUUCUAGAAUCUAGAAAGCGCAAGAGGCCCAUACAGAAAGUAGAAAUGGGUACAUCAAGUCAAAAUGAUGUUGACAUGAGUUGGAUUCCUCAGGAAACAUUGAAUCAGAUCAAUAAAGCUUCACCAAGAAGGCUGCCCAGGAAGCGGGCACAGAAGAGAUCAGUGGGAUCUGAUGAGUAAAUGUUCAUUUGUGCAACAAUUCAGUCUGUACUUACCCUGCCCUAAUGUUUUUCGGCCUGAUGGGAAUUAGCGCAGAGAAGUCCUGUCACCAUAGAAGGCAACUACUACUUAUGUGUGGACUGAGCAAUCAGAGUCUGUGGCAAUAAUAUUGCUGAAAAUGCACUGCACUCGUUUUUCUAAAGUAACAAAUUUGGUUUUUUUUAAGCCAUUAAAAUCUGUGUGUGCGUGUGUAUGUGAGCAGUUGGUCUGACCAGAAUCAUUGUUGAACUACCUGAAAUUUUGCCUUUAGAAUACUAAAUAUAAUGCUACUGUCUCUUUUGACAUUUUCUGAUUUUUUUACCCCCAAACUCGAGGAAUAUUUGCCCCCAUUAUGAUGAUAGAUGUCUUCCCUUGAAUUGUUUUAAGGGAAUACUUUCCUGUCUUCCUUGGAAUUGUUCAGAUCCAAACUGAUGGCACAGAUUAGCAUUUUGUUAUUGCUCUGGUAUUCUAAAGGCACAAGCAGGAGGAGCUGCUUUUUUAGCAAUAGAGUUUGUUUUGGUAUUUUGCUGCAGUUUACUAUAAUGCACACCUUGAGAAUUCUCAACUUACCAAAUGGAUUCAAGGAAUUUUGAGAUUUCUAGCAACAAAAUUGUGAAAUACAAAAAUUCUGGUGACUUUGGUACAUAAAUUUUAA